AAGCACACAGAGGAGGGGAGAGGGAGACAGUAUCUGCACUUGGUGUGAGAGGUUCCCAGUGCUCCAACUUGCGGCAACAGAAGAUCUUUAUUUCCCUGUGAAUUCCUCUGUGGGAGAAUACCUUAUUAUCCAAACUGACUAUGUCAGCGGCUUUUGAGAUUACCGGUUUCUUGAUGGGGCUAGCAGGGUGGAUGCUUACUGGAUCAACAUUGGCAAACAAUUACUGGAAGAUUUCUACUGUUUACGGGAGCGUAAUCACAAGCUCACGAUUGUAUGAAAAUCUAUGGAAAAGCUGUGCCCAGGACAGUACUGGCGUCUUCAACUGUCGAAUGUUUGAGACAAUGCUCGGUCUUCCAGCGUAUGUCCAAGCAUGCCGUGCUUUGAUGAUUAUUGCCAUCAUUCUAGGAGUUAUUUCCUCAAUGCUGACACUGUUUGGCCUGAAAUGCACCAGCAUUGGAAACAUGGAUGAGACAGUCAAAGCGAAGAUUGCAGUGACAGGUGGAAUUAUCUACAUCCUUGCAGGUCUAUGUGGAAUAGUACCAGUUUCGUGGUAUGCCUACAACAUCACCAUGGAGUUCUACAACCCAAUCUACGGUGGAACUAAGUACGAGUUGGGAUCUGCCCUUUACAUUGGAUGGGCUGGGUCUGCUCUCCUUAUCCUGGGAGGUUCUUUCUUGUGUUGUUCCUGCAAAAGAGCCAAAAACGAUGGAGGCUACAAGUAUUCUGCUGCUCAAGGUGGGCAAAGAAUCUACACAAAGACAGAAUCAGCUCAGUCAAAAGCCUAUGUCUAAACCAGAGACUGACAAGGAAAAAUGCCUUAUUUUUAUGUUACUUAGGUCUUCAAAUGUCUUUCAAGAAAAAAAAUGUGUUUGCAGUCCAAUCAUUAUGGCACUCCAUGAAGCAUCUAAAUAACUAAGACAGAUUGCUGCAAACGCAAGGGACUGCAGAUGCUGGAAUCAGGAACAAUAAAUAACUUGCUGAAGGGAAUCAGCAGGUGAAGCAGCAUCUGUGGGGGAAAGGAAUUGUCAACGUUUCGAGUUCUGGCUCAGUGAGAAACGCUGACAAUUCAUUUUGACCCACUGAGCUCCUCCAGCAGUUUGUUUGUUGCUUCAGGUAGAUUUCUACAUUGUACUGCUGACCGUGUUGAGUGUUUAUUUGUGACAAUGCCAGAGUUUUUCUGUUUCAGUUUGCCUGGAGAGCAUGAAUCCAACACAUCCAGCAUGGGGGUGCUGAGUGAUACUGCUGCCUCAGUGUGAUUUUUAGUGGGUUGGGGUCUAAUGGGAGUCAGUGGACUAAGAAUCAACACCCUUGAGGUGAGGGAAGGGAGAGAAGAGUUUGCAAGGAUAUUUAACACAAAUAGCUCGCCAUGUUUGGUUAUCCUGUGAUUUAAAGAGGCAGCUAAUGCCUAUUGGAAUGGUAGUUGCUGCAAGAAGCCUCCAGCAACCGUGUCCACCUUCACUGCCCCCCCCCCAAAUGAGUCCUGCUUCCUCUUGUCUUGCUUAUUUCCAUCUAAUAGCCAACUACCUCUUUUUCCAGCUUUAUAGUUUCCCCUCCUCCCCACCUGGCCUAAUCUGCCCCUCAUCCUUCACCCACCCACCUCAGUCUCCCGAUCACCUCUGGCCCCUGCCCCACCACCCCCAAUCUUCUCUUUCUAUUGGCCAUUUCCCAAGGAUUUGACCUGAAAAUACAACAUUUCAGUUCCCCCCACGGAUGCUGCUCAACUGAUGAUAUUUUUCCCAGUAGAUUGUUUGUUACUCCAGAUUCUAGCAUCUGCACUCUGUUAUUUUAAGGGUUUACCUGAGCUUUUCCAUUGUUAGGAGCUUUUUUGACUUUUCUGUGGUUGGAAUUGACAUGCUUAGAUCAACAUGAGUGUUUUGAGUUUCAGCUCUAUACAGGCCUCACUAGGAUUAAGUUCUGCACAGGCCACUGUAUGAGUGGAGUCUGUAUAAGGUCCAACUUACUGAGGCUUUGCAGGUCUUAGAUUGGCUUGGCUCCAUUUAAGCAGAGUAUUUAGAUUCCAUCACUAUGAGCAAUUGCAGUACAUUAUAUUAAAAGCUUUGACUUGUCUCCCACAAAAGCUAAUGAACAUAAUAUGCUGAAGUCUGUCAAUAAUCUAUUUCAAGUCUGGAGGAAGUGUGGCUUCUGCCUUUGUUUUGACUGGCUGAACUAAACAGUUCUCCUCAUACAUUUAGACUGAUUGCAUGACCGCAGUAUAACAUACCUCUAUCAUCUGUUAACAAGAGUCACAGAGACUCAACAAUGCAGAUUCAGUUCAGCAGGACAGAAAGAAUAGAAGGAAAAGUUGAGCAGCCUCUUGAACCUGUUCUUCUAUACCAUAAUUUCACAGCUGACCGUAUAACUUAACUGUACUUUCCAUUCCAAUCUUGACUCACUUAAUAAUCAAUGAUCAAUCAAUUGUAGCGUUGAAAAUACAUAGAGACUGAGCAGCCACAACCCUAUGGGAAAGGGGCUACAAUUCACCGAUCAUUGAUUAUUAAGUGAGUCAAUAUUUAACCAAUAAGUACAGUUAAGUUAUACAAAUCUCUGAGAAGAAAAAAUCACUCUCACCUUAUUCCUUUAUGACCAACACCCAAUCUGGACUAUAACCCUAAUUUUCCUAAUUAUUCUUUUGCAAAGAGGUAAAUGUGACACCAAUUAAUUUUGCGAGCCUUCCACUGUCUGUAACACUAAUAACUGCCACUAAUAAACCCAUGGAGAGAGGGCUAGCUGUCUUAUAGCUCCACAUAUAUAGAAUUUUAUGAAAUUACACCACAGUUGGCAAAUUUAACCCUUCUUUAUUUCUUGCAAUGGAUAAUCCAUAUAGUUCAACAGGUCAUAGAAAUAGAAAGUGAAAGAAAUAUUAAAAAUUAUUAAGGCAAACCCUUCACUCAAUAAUAAGAUAUUUAUCAGAUAAACAAUUAUACAUUGAAUCCUUUUUAGUCUUUAAAAGUGUCCACUGCAUUUUGUCAUCUUUGAUUGAGUACAGGGCAUGGGAUGUUGUGUUGAAGUUGUACAGGACAUUGCUGAGACCUAAUUCGGAGUAUUGUGUGCAGUCUUGCUCACCUACCUACUGAAAAGAUGGAAAUGAGACUGAAAGUGAACAGAGAAAGGGUUUAGAGCACCUGAGAAUUAUAAGGAAAGUGUGAAUAGGUUAGGACUUUAUUCAUUGGAACAUAAAAGAUUGAGAGGAGAUUUGAUAGAGUUAUACAAAAUUAUGAGGGGUAUAGAUAGGGUAAAAGAAACGAGGUUGAAUGGGAGUACCAGAGGUCAUGUGUUAAGUGUGAAAGGUUUAAGGGGAACAUAAGGGGGAUCUUCUUCAUUCAGACGCUCGUGCAAAUGUGGAACAAACUGCCAGUGAAAGUGGUCCAACACUUAAGGGAAGUUUGGAUAGGUAUAUGGAUGGUAGGGAUAUGAAGGGCUAUAAGUCCCAGUGCAGGUCAAUGGGAGCAGGCAGUUUAAAUGGUUCAACACUGACUAGAUGAGCUAAAGGGCCUGUUUCUGCACUGUACUUUUCUUGGACUCUAUAUUUCAUAUCUCAGUGAAGUAGAGCCUAGGAAUUCCAUCCUGAGAAUCAGACUCUUGGAUCAGUGUGGAUUUGUGGCACAGCCACACAAUUUGUGAGGAGUUCACCGGGAAACAAAAAAAAAACUCUGGCUUUGCAAUGCCUGACCACUCAAUUCAGCUCCUCAAAAUCAGGAAUGACACUCAGAAACAAUACUUAGAGACAGAAAAAGGGCAUCAAUUUCAACAUAUUGAAGACAAUAUCAGGAGUAUUACCCCUAAAAUUAUAGAGUAAAGUCAAGGUGAAGAUCUAAGAGUAUUUGGCCUGACUUUAUUUUAUAAUGUGGAGUGCCAUGGACAUCCAAAAGACUUGCAUUUUCGGUUUUCUGUUAUUUAUGUACCUCUAAUGACUUUAAUGCAAUGUUAUAAUUUUCAUGUAUUCCAAUUUAUAAAGAAACUACUGCUAUCAAUUGUCUUCAAUGAAACUUUAUAUCAUCAGGGGAGCAAAGGAGUGGCAAACACUAUGCCAUUUGUCUAAAGCCAGCAAGCAUCUCCUAAUAUGAAGAGUUCAGAUGCCAGGUUUGGUUGUGUGGGAAAUAAGACUAUAUUAUAGCAGGCUAUUGGGCAAAUAAAAGAUAAUGCCUGAGGUGCCUUUAGGUGAUCCAGCCCAAAAUGCAAUUACAAAUAGUGUCUCAGAGCCAACAUCAAAAUAAAACAGCUCAGUAGAGGGACGUGUCUCCAGAACCCUGUUGGAGUUGAGGUUGUCUUGAGCACCACAUGUUAUGAAUAAUGUCAAGGCCUCAAUAAAAGGCAGAGUCCAUUUUAAGAAAUUAAAUGGGGUAAGGAGCUUCAGCAAUACACAAAGAGCUGAUGCUGAAAGUAUUCAGCAGAUCAGGCAGUAUAGUGGAUCUAGUUAAUGUUACAGGUCAAUGACCUUGUAAAACUCAGCGAUACUCAUUCAAAAUUAAAUCGGCAUGGGCCAGAGCAGGGGGAGGGGAGAAAUUGGAAAGAAUUAGGAUUCUUUUGACCUCUGUGCAGGACUCACUGUGGGAGUCCUGGUGAUUGAGAGGCAAGUGUGUAAGACUCUAAAUCUGUUCACUCUGAUUACCAUUCAUUUUUUUAUGCUUUUAUUCUGGAGUUUAUGUGGUUGAAAUCACAGAAAUGUAUAGGCUGUUCUUUGUUAUGUAUGCAUUUGUUUUUUUUCUUCUUGCUUUUAGGUAGUUGUUAACAAGAUUUACAAAAAACUGUCACCAAUUAUUACAUUUCAGUAUGUGCUUCAAAAGAAUUUGAGUUUUGUUCUUACUGGAAUUUAGCAUAGAUUUUAAUAAAAUUAUUAAUGGA